CCGCAGCCUGGAGUUUUUUCCGGCUACGGACCUCAAACUUUCCACUGGCUCUGAGGCUUCCUAAUUAACCCUUCUGGAAGCCGCUUGAAGGGGUCGCUGAGCCGGCCGAGGAGAGAAUCAGAAGUGCCGCGGCCCUCUCCGCCUCCCUCGCAGCUUCCCUUCCUCAGGAGCACCGGCACCGCUCGCCCUUAGCAACCCGCCUCCCUCCUUCUUCUCCCUCUUCUCCUACUCCUCCUCCACGGGUCCGCGGCCAGGCCGGCGCCGGCCCCUUUAAAUGGCGGCCGCGGCCCCGCCGUGCGCCCCGCUGAGGCAGUUAGCGGGCGCCGCGCCGCCCUCGCCCCCCUCCAUGGAAGUUCAUGAGGUGGAUCAUGGUGUUAUUAACCAGCUGCUUACUGAUUCAGAGGAGACUCUCAGUUCGAGCACAGAGAAAAUGCAGGUUCCUGCUCAGUAUAGCUGGAGUGCUGACUGGAGCUUUUGGCUCUCAAGUUCCACUUACAAAUAUAGGAGUGAGGAGUUCAAGAGACAGUUUUCUCAUCUGCCAGACUCAGAGAGACUCAUAGUAGAUUAUGCCUGUGCACUCCAGAAGGAUAUCCUGCUGCAAGGACGCUUGUAUCUCUCUGAAAACUGGCUCUGUUUCCACAGCAACAUUUUCCGAUGGGAGACCACAAUUUCUAUUGCCUUGAAGGAUAUCACUUUUAUGACAAAGGAGAAGACUGCUCGGCUCAUUCCAAAUGCCAUACAAAUAGCAACAAAAGGAGAAAAGUUUUUCUUCACAUCAUUCAGUGCAAGAGACAGAAGCUACCUCAGUAUCUUUCGCUUAUGGCAGAAUGUGUUGCUGGAUAAGAGGCUGACCAAGCAGGAAUUCUGGCAGCUGGUGCACCAAAGCUAUGGCUCUGAGCUGGGCCUGAACAGUGAGGAGAUGGAGAGCUUCCAUUCGUCGUCUGAGGACAAUGGGCAGUCUCGAUCCAGCAUUUAUGACGAUUCUGGAGAAAGAGAUGAAAAACUACCUAAGGUGAUUGGUUUAGUUCGGGAGCCCACACUACAGACAGAAGGAGAGUUACUCAAUAGACACAUGUUGCCAGGAGUGGAGGAGUCUCCAACUGAGAAACAAAUAAAGAAGAGUCCUCUUCCAUCUUCAGAAAGAAAACCUGUUAAGCUAGUCAGGAGCAGGUCUUUAGAAAAGUCCUUGGACCUGAAUGAGAAUGAAAAUCUUCCAGAGAAGAGCAGUGCCUCAGAUAGUGAAGAAGCAGUGAAGGAGACUGUUCCUGAGAAUGAUCUCUAUGGGAGACUUUUUAUAAACAGAGUUUUCCACAUCACUGCGGACAAGAUGUUUGAAAUCCUUUUCACCAAUUCUCACUUCAUGCAGAGGUUUCUCAAUUCCAGGAGUAUAGUAGAUGCUGUAUCAACCCCUUGGAACAGAGAUUCCAGUGGCAAUCAGUUAAGGACUUUGACGUACACUGUAACAAUUAACAAUCCACUGUGUGGGAAGUUCACAACUGCAACUGAAAAGCAGAUCCUGCAUAAGCAAAGCCAGAAAGGUCAGUCAUACCAAGUGGAUGCUGAGGUACUGACCCAUGAUGUCCCCUACCAUGAUUAUUUCUACACUGUGAACAGAUACUGCAUCAGCCGCACAUCCAGUCACAAAUGUCGAUUACGGGUUUCUGCAGAAGUGAAGUACAAAAAACAGCCUUGGGGACUUGUCAAGUCAGUAAUUGAGAAGAAUACCUGGGGAGGAAUACAGGAAAACUUCAAACAACUUGAAUCAGAUCUCCUAAUGGAGGAAUAUGCAAUUAAUCAGUCCAUAGAAGACUCUGGAAAGUUAGUUGCCUUGAGGCGAAGACGACGCACUUUACACCGGAGUCUGGCAGAAUCGCUUCCCAAACGCUCUUCCCAGCACUCCUCUGGUGACAUGGGAGUAGAGUCACAGAGCAGCAUAAUAGGAAGGAAAAGAGAUGCUGUAAGUAGGACCACCACCAUCAUUGUAGUAAUGAGUGUCUUUUUGCUGCUCUUGGUCUUGCUGAAUAUAACAUUGUUUCUCAAACUGUCAAAGAUAGAGCUUGCAGCUCAGUCCCUCUAUCAUGUCCAGCUUCAGGAAGAAAGCUCACUGAACAUAUCUCCAGAAAUGGUAUCAAAAGAGGAGAUCCCUCAAUAUGAUAAGGAACAGGUUAAACAUAUGAAGGGUGUUUUAAAAGACUCAAUUGAAAUGCUUGAGCAGCUAAAGAUCUCCCUUUCCAUGCUUCAAAGAAGCUUUGACCACUUGAACAGGACACAGAGCAGCAAGACUGAGAGUUAAAACCCACAUGCCCUUUCCAUCCAAGAUGUCACAAGAGAAGAUGUGUGAGGACUUGUUGGAGUAGGGAUUGUAAACUAUCACCUUCGGACUAUUUACUAUUUGGCUCAAAAGCUGCACGGAAUAAAGGUUUCUGGAAGAAAGUAA